GGCAGGGCGGAGCUUGGCGUCGUCGUUGGGCUCGGCUAAGUUGGGUGAGACCGAGCGAGGCGGGGCCGGGGGCGGGGUCCAGCGUAGGAAGUCGAGUCUGGGCAGGUCGCUUGGAAAAAUGUGCGGCCUUGUGUUUCGUCGGUUUGUUGUACUUCUGUAUCGUAUCUACAUGUUGGGCCUUCGUUGUCCACACUCCUUUGAACGCGUCUUCUGAAUUGAGUGCUAGAAGGGAAACCAGCAGCGAGAGCUGCCGGCAGCACGUCUAGGGCGACUCCUGGGACUUCGAGUGGGACUCAACGCUGGAAGAGGCUGGGCUCUCGGCUUCUCUUGUGCACAGUAGCUGCAGCGUGGAGCUCAGUGUCUGGUGUUCCAGGCUCUUCAGAAAUAUUUCUUAAUUCAGUGGCUAGAAUCCUGAAAAAUCCAAAAAUAGCUUAUUCGAAGAAUUGGUUUCAGUUGUCUUAUUUUUAAUCCAAAAACUGGAAACAGCCCAGAUGUCCUUCAACUGGUCAGUGGUUGAACAUACUGUGGUAUAUCUAUCUUGUGGAAUACGACUCAGCAGUAAAGAGGAACCAGUGACUGAUGCAUACAGCAACUUGAGUGGCUCUCAAGGCUCUCCGAAAAGUGUGGAAUCCUUCGCGUCUAUGCUGAGACAUUCUCCUCUUACACAGAUGGGACCUGCAAAGGAUAAAAUAGUCAUUGGGCGAAUCUUUCAUAUCGUGGAGAACGAUCUUUAUAUAGAUUUUGGCGGCAAGUUUCAUUGUGUAUGUAAAAGACCGGAAGUGGAUGGAGAGAAAUACCAGAAAGGAACCAGAGUCCGGCUGCGACUAUUAGAUCUUGAACUUACGUCUAGGUUCUUGGGAGCGACAACAGAUACAACCAUCCUAGAGGCUGAAGCAAUUCUGUUAGGACUCCAGGAGAGUAAAGACUCAAAAUCAAAAGAGGAACGUCAUGAAAAGUAAAUGAACUUUGCUGAGUGCAUUCACCUCUUUUAUGUGGAAAGCAUAUAUUCAUCAAGAACACAAUUAGACAAUUAUGAAUAAAUGAUUAUAAAAAGACAUAGUAAAUGAAAGCUAUAAUUAUAGCUCUUAUUUGUUAGAAUUUUCUUUAGCUGUAUCUCCCCUCCCCCUGUUUUUAUGCCCAUUCUUUCCUUGGAUUGGAAUAGCAUAAACUGUACUGAGAAAUUCUGUCAUUCAAUAAAUAUGUUUUGAGUGUUCUC